UGGCGCUUCAGCUCAGUUCAAGAGAGUUUCAAUCGUCGUGUGUAUUUUAAAAAAAAAACAGUGUCUUUCACGUAUAAGUCGUCGAGGAGUGUCGCGAUGUUCCAUUAUAUAUGAUACAUAAGUGCUUGAUCAUCAUUAAAUACAACGGGGAUGGGUCGUGCGAUAUUGAAGUAUUGUUUACUUCGGAAUUUCAUGGAGGGCGAAAAUAGAAAUGUACAGUAGAGGAUUGAUUUGACCCCAUUACUAAAAAAGAAGUUUCCGUGAAUGGGCAGGCGGAAGGUGUUUUGAAGAAACAGUGUGUGGUAAUGAGUGAGGAACGAAACGAUAGAAAAAAACUUACAUUGAAAAUACCAACAAUAAAAGCAGAAUCCGAAGUUCAAACUGUUGAACAAUUAGUUCCUAAAACGACAGAUAUAACAUUGACCGAAAUGGAAUCGGGACAAGAAAACCAAGGCACGUCGCUUAGAAAAAGAAGAAAUUUAUCAAAAAACAGGGGCCAAGCAGCUAGACAACGUGAAAAAACACCAGAACCCAGCAGAACUCCCGUACCUCAUGAAGAUACAACUACUUCAGACGAUGAAGAAAUGAAAGCACCUCCGAGUCCUAGAGAAAUAGAAGCUGAUGAUACGUAUGAGGAGAUGAGGCGUCUGGUUCAAGAACAAGCAAACACGAAAGAUCCUGUUUACGAUUUAGACACGGAGAAGUUACUUGAAGAGAGAGCAAUUGCAGCAAACGAAAGAAGACGCAGAAGUAUUUCACCGUUUGCAUUACCGGACAAAGAUGAAUUGAAUAAACUACAACGUAAAGGAAGCUUUAUUGAUCCUAGUAAUAAGUUGCUAUCUUCAAAUUAUAUAGUAAGCCCAAAGGAUGAAGACAAAGGAAGACGAGGAUCCGUCGAAACUCCUAAGGAAAUCUUUCUUUCAUCAGGAAGCAGUUCACCAAAAAUAGAUAGUGACAGUCUACAGUCUGUGCCCACAACACCCAAGAAACUACAAGAAAUUGUUUAUCCAGAUGAAAAAAUGUUUGAAGAUAUGUCCAAGAAACCAAAAACCCCGGUGAAAGCCGAAAAUAUAUUUUCAUUUGAUGGUAAGCAGGGCAAUGUGAGUACCAAGUCGUCUUCGCCUAUCAGGUCAGAACUGCCAUCUCCAAGCGAGACAGGCGCCAAAGUUGUUCAAGUCGAACGAUCAUCAAGCAAGAAGCUAUUACAGGAGAAAAAGCCUGUUGUCGAAGUCAGAGAAAGAAUCGUAAGAACUCCGAGUAGAAAAACAUCAGCUGAAAAUAAGCCAAUCGUGGUAAAGCAAAUACACAAACAUGGUAAAGAUGAACAUGGCAAAGUCCCUCCAGUGAAACCUGCUCGGAGCAAAUCAGUAUCAAGAUUAGGGAAUAAAACUAGUGAGAGUGAAAUGAGUGAAGAUCAAGGAAACCAACGAAAUCUUGCAGCUUCAUCAAAACGUAGAGCUGUACCACCACCGCGACGGUUUGUAAAGCAUUCACCAAGAGCUAACCGUUCGCAGUCAAUCCAUAAAGUUGAAGACUUACGAGCAGACAAAUCAGAAAUAGGAAUGAGUCAAACGAGUCGGGAAAUAAUGGAGUUAAUGCAGAAAGCCAGAGCUAGAAGUCUAUCGAUCCCUAAAGAUGACCCAAGAUUACCGGUUGAAUAUAGAAAAUUUAACCGAAAUUUGAAAACCCCAAAUAAAACGCCUUCAGAGACUCCUAAGAGUACUAGAGGAAUUUCUUGUCCGAAAACAAUUCAAAUAAUUAGUGACAAAGAGAUACUCGCGGGACUUUAUACAAAACAGAAUGAUAACUUAAGCAAUGGUGGAUAUAGUAGACAAAGUUCUGGAUAUAUAGACGCAAGUCAGUCUGAGGUAACUUCCAGUUGUUAUUCAUCUUCACCAAGUGGAAAUGAAUUCGAUUUUGAUUUGUCUGAACGGACUGCUGAACUAACUCGCAAGCUAAAUAUACUGAGCCAAGAAGUAGACCAAAGACAAGAUAAGAACAAUAUUAUUUUAUCACGAGAUGACAACUAUUUUAGGAGCAACGAAAUCGAACAAAGGUCAGGUCUAAGAAAAAGAUCGCUGGUUGGCACAAAAACAGAUGAAAAAAAAGAUAAAGCUAGAAUUACACAACAGAGGAAGAGUAAACAAAAAUCGUCACCUGAUAGUAAAAAAACGAGAUCAAAGUGGAAUGUGAUCGGGAAUUGGCGACAGUUCAAACACGAGCAAAGAAUUGAAUAUGAAAAGAUAAAAUUGUUGAGGAAUAGGUGUUUCUGUGACAUGCUUUUGGUAGUUAUGCUGUGUGGUUCAGGUGCGAUGAUGUUCAGGUAUUUUGAGGCGUCGUUUGAGAAUACCUUUAAAUGUGGAAGUCGGAGUGUUAAAAGAGACUUCCUCGAAAGUCUGUGGCGGGGCACUCAAUACUUACGGGAAGACGACUGGAAAUCUAUGGCACGAAAGAAAUUAUAUGAAUUCGAAAAUCAGUUGCAUACCGCGUACGAAGUAGGUGUUACGUCUUACAGUGGGCAGAGGUCUUGGAAUUUCAUGAACUCUUUCAUCUACUGCUUUACGUUAAUGACAACGAUUGGUUACGGUCACAUAGCUCCGAAGACGAGUUACGGUCGGGCAGCGACUAUUGUAUACGCCAUUAUCGGAAUUCCACUAUUCCUGAUAGUCCUCGCCGACUUCGGCAAACUGUUCACGAGGAUCAUCAAAUUCUUCUGGUCGUUCAUUAGAAGAUUUUACUACACCAGAAGCUGCAGGAAAGUUAGAAGAACGGUGCCAGUGCAAGAAGUUAUGAAAGGUCUCAACAUAGUUUACGACGUGGUUCGACGUCCGUCUCAAAUAUUUUCCGAAGAAGAAAUUUUACCAGACCAGCCACCGCCAAUCGAAAGAAGAUCUAGUGAUGUCCCCCCACCACUACCACCAAAGCCUGGAACAACUCGAGAUCCUGAGAACGAGACUGAACCUGAAACACCAGCACCAUCAGUUUUCGAAAUAGACGAUGAAUUUAAUUUACCUAUAUCAGUUGCCAUUAUCAUUCUAAUUAUUUACAUAAUUAUGGGCGCCACCAUAUACUAUACUUGGGAAACCUGGAGUUUCUUUGAAUCAUUCUAUUUUAUCUUCAUAUCCAUGUCGACUAUUGGUCUCGGAGAUCUAGUUCCCGAUAACCCAAUGUUCAUGAUGGCUUCCAUUUUGUACCUUAUUUUUGGAUUGGCUUUGACAUCAAUGUGUAUUAACGUAGUACAAGUAAAGCUAUCUGACACGUUCAAACAAGCUAGUGCCAAAUUAGGGGCUACGAUAGGUCUGAAAGUAGCUGAAGAAGAUGGUAGUUUGGUCCCCAUUACUCCUCCUCCGACAGAAAUUGUACCAGUACAUAAAUCUAAAACUAAAAUUGAGGACAACUGUAAAGGCGAUGAUCAAAAUGACGAUAAGAAUAGAUAAGUCACGAUUGAAUAGACGUCAAAACCACUGGUCAAAACAUGGUCAAAACCAACUCAAUUAGGAUGUCAAAAACGAUUUUUUGUCACAAUGAUAGUGAUUCCAUAAUAGAUUAUGUACUGGAAUAAAUUGUAAUGAAUAUAUCUAAUUCUACAGUCGGCUUGCAUUAAGAUUCUUAGGAUUACAUUAAUCUUACGAAAAUAUAAAAGCGUAUUAAAGUUUAACAAGUGCCUUAAUAAAAUUAUGAUUAUUACUUUCUUAAAUUACCUAGCAAGAUAAAUACAUUGUAAGAUUUUGUAUUAUUUACAUUAAAUACUUUAUGAACUAGGUUUGUAAAUGAUGAAGAGUCAAUAUUGUCUUGUUAAAUUUAUAAAUUUCGCUAAAGGGUUUGAUAGUUUCGCUGAGUAAUCUAGUCAUAAGUUGCGACUCUGUAUUGCCAUAAAUGUAUAUGAAAAGUGAUAUUAUUUUGUAUUUUAUAUUAUACAUUGUUUUGUGUGUGUCAAUAAAGAUUUUAGUGCAAGCUGCGGUUUAUUUUUCAUCAAAAUAUUUACUAAUUAUUAUGAGUUUCUGUUUUCCUGUGGACAUUUUAGUGGUAGGCACAAAUAAAGUUUGAAAUU